AUGAUUCGCCUCAUCAUAUUCGUGUGCGCGUUGCUCCUGAUAAGCACCAGCUUUAACAAGUCCGAACACAAAUAUAUUGUCGAUGACUUCGAAAGAGAUCUCCUCUCCGACGGCUACAGAAUCAGCAACGAGCUUCAAUACCAUCACACGAUGAACGAUAAAAAGACCAACUCGGUGAGCUGCGAGUUCGAGGUCGAGCGCCUCGAAGACCACGCGUUGGCGAACACAACGCUCGGCGAGGUCUACUUGCUCCGCAAAGACUUCCCGUGCCGAUAUCUCACAAGCGAGCAGAGGUUCGAAAUUUUCGGACCAGCGCGAUUUGAAUACUAUGAGAAGUUGUUCGCAAUGACCGACGAGGACAUUGAAAAACAUCGGCGAGCAUUAGCCAUACAUCUUGCGCUCAAGCAAUUUAAAGCCAAAGAGGAGAAGGAUUGGACGGCGGAAGCGGAAAAGGCGAGAUUGUUUCGCGAGAAGGAGGCGGCAAUUGCGAGACUGUCGAAAGAGGAGCUGAAUGACGGAACGCCUCGAGCUGAAGCUUUGACUCAGCACGCCGGAGAGCAUAAUAUCAUGAUUUGCAUUAUUCUUGCCUUGACUCUUCACAACUAA